AUGGCUCCCGUUGCUGCCGCGAGGCUCCCCUACCGGGACAUCAACGUCAGGGUCACCGUCGACGCCUACACCUUCACCUCGCCCUCGUCCCCCGACGCGCCCGCCCUCAUCAUCGACCGUCCCACGGGUGAUGUUCGUCUCGCCAACGCCGGUCUGCAAGCCGGAAAGCGUGCCACGCGUGUCUCCAGCGUCGCCGGCAUCCUCGGUGUCAUCCAGCUCCGCCUAGACAAGUAUGUCAUCGUCAUCAGCAAGGCCAAGACGGUCGGCCGCCUCAAGGGCCACAUGGUCUACAAGAUUCUUGCCACGGAGAUCCUGCCCAUGCGCGAGCGCCAGAUCCACGAUGCCGACGAGGACACCUUCAUCAACCUCCUCAAGACCUUCCUGCAAAACGAACCCAUGUACUUUUCCUACUCCGUCGACCUCACAAACUCCUUCCAGCGCCAAUCCCACGCCGACACGUCCAGCCCCAUGUGGAUGAGGGCCGACGACCGCUUCUUCUUCAACAAGCACCUGCAGUCGGACCUCGUCGAGUUCCGCAGACGUGGCUCGAGAAGCCAGCCCGGGUCGCAGCCCGGCAUAGAUCCCUUCAUCCUGACCUGCAUCUUUGGCAUGCUCGAGAUCAGGCCGACCAAGUUCAAGAACACGCCUCUGACCCUCGUCCUGAUCUCGCGAAGGUCGCGAUACCGAGGCGGGACGAGGUACUUUACCCGCGGCGUCGACGAGGAUGGCCACGUGGCCAACUACAACGAGACGGAGCAGAUCAUCAUCCUCAACGACAGCAGCAGCGGGCUCGGCGGCUUCGCCGGCAGCACCGACAUGCAGAGCGGCAAGUUCGGCUCCGUCGCCGGCCUCGAGGCGCAGUUGAUGUCGUACGUGCAGACUCGAGGGAGCGUGCCGACCUAUUGGUCCGAGAUCAACAGCCUCAAGUACGUGCCGAAGCUGCAAGUCCGCAGCACCGAGGCCGGCUUCUCGGCCGCGCAGAAGCACUUUGACGAGCAGAUCCGACUCUACGGCGACAACUACCUCGUCAACCUCGUCAACCAAAAAGGUCGCGAGUGCAGGGUCAAGGAGUCGUACGAGAAGAUGGUCCACUCCCUCGUCUCGGGACCCAAGGAGCACCCCGAGUCGGACCGUGUCUCGGACGAAAAGUUCACCAUGGUCCAGUCCGGCACCCGACGCCAGCAGUUUGAUCGUCUGCAUUACGUCUACUUUGACUACCACAGCGAGACCAAGGGCAUGAAGAUGCAUAAGGCCCACGCCCUUGUCGAGAGGCUCCACGACGCGCUCAUCAGCCAGGGCUACUUCCGCGGCGUCGACACGCCGGCCAACAUGACGGGCAACAUCGACGUGCGCAGUUUUCAGACGAGCGUCAUACGCACCAACUGCAUGGACUGUCUCGACCGGACCAACGUCGUGCAGAGCAUGUUUGCGCGGCACGCCUUGGAUCGCAUCUUCGAGGACGCCGGCUUCAUGUCUCGAGGUGCCACCUUCCGGGACGAGGAUCCUGCCUUUGAGCUCACCUUCCGGAACAUGUGGGCCGACAACGCCGACGUCGUGUCCUCGUCCUACUCUGGCACCGGCGCCAUGAAGACGGACGUGACCCGGACCGGCAAACGCACGACGGCGGGUGCCCUGCGAGACGCCCGCAUCGGCAUCACACGAUACUUUCUCAACAAUUUCAGGGACGGUCCCCGCCAGGACUCGUUCGACUUGUUCCUCGGAGCCUAUCAGCCGGGAGACACCAACAUCGGGACGAGCCUCGUCUUUGUCGAUCGACGGCCGCUCCUCAUCCAGUCCAUCCCCUACGUCCUUGCCUUUAGCGUCUUCAUCGUCUCCGUCGGCUUCCUCACGAAGCGCGAUCCCGAUGCCCGCGUCCUGCCGAUGCGCCUAUUCAUCUUCUUCUGGAGCGCCGUCGCGGCGUACUGCUUCUACUUUGUCUGGGCCCACGGCAUGCUCUAUGUCAACUGGCCGCGCCUCAACCCCCGACCCUUCGCCGUCGACGGCUACAGGGAGCACUAUACCAAGGCCACCAAGAGCCCCAUCAUCGGGCCCCUCGUCGCGCGCCAUGAAAGGGGGCUCAGUGCCGCGAGGUACCUCAACGCCGAGGAGGGCAAGAAGAGAAUCGAAUAG